UUGAUCUGUUUUUUAGGAUGGAUGAGCUCAACUUCAGAGUAGUUAUCGUUCCGUUGAAGUUUCAAAAUGUGGAACCUGAUUCGUACCUGCAAGAAACAAAGAGAAAACUUGAAGCAUGUGGCUUAGUCGUCAAUAACGUAAAUUUUGUAAAUCUAAAAAGGCCUGAAGAUGAAGAUUAUCCUGAAAUCGAGGAAUUAACGAUUCAAGUACAAGCUAUGUUUCCUAAUAAUUUCAAAUUUCAAAAAGCUGGCUUGUAUAGAGACGUUUGUAAAAAAUGGAAGAAUCAGCAUCUCCCUAAUUAUUGUCCAAUACUUGCGUUACAUGAAAAUGAUAGCUUUGUAAACAAACGAAUACCAUCCCAUCGCUCUGUACAGUGUAGUGAUAUUUCAUUUGGUGUAUUACCUCAUAACGGAACCUAUCUUCAGUACGCCUCGUUGUCUUCUUCUUCAUGUGAAAUCGACUUCUAUCAUGAUAUACGAAAUCUUGAGAUACAGUAUAGCCAUUACAAAAUUUCUAUGACUUAUAAUAACAUCAGGAAAAUAUUUAUCAAUAUAGGUUCAAGUCCCUGCGAAAUAUUUUUUGAUUUAUGCAAUCCACCUGUUGUAUUUCGGGUCGAGCACAGGCGUAAUAGUACAUAUGAAGCAUACACAUUAAAUCAUCGCACAUGUUAUCUUCCUUCUCCUGAAAGAAUAAAAAAUACCGACCUUUUUAUGUUUUUUUCCCCAUCCACUGGAAACAAAAUAGAUACUGAUAUUUUAGGUCGAUCAAACGUGUUAAAAGUUUCAUUAAACGACCCUAACCUUGCCGAAGAAAUAGUGAGUAGAAUACAUUUCCGUUGUAGUGAGAAACCCAUACAUUACAUGAAUGUCACGUCAGUAAAGAAGAUGAAACCUAUAGAUCCUGUAUUUGAAUUCUGCCACUUUGGUUGCACAUACAUAUUGACAGCGAUAAUCAAAAGAAAUUUUACUGUGGUCGAACAGGCAUCAAAUGUAAAUGAAGAGAUAGAGCAGCUGAAAACGCUGUGCAACAAAGAUGGAGAUUGCUUGGAGAAGGCUCUAAUAAAUGUUUUAAGAGCUGUUGAUUCAGGAAAGAUAAUUAAUUUCUGGUGCGAAGCUGAAAAACAAUUUAAUCAUUACUUAAACAGUAAAGAUGAAAUAAACUAUAAGCAUUACGUGGUACCUUUAAAAUGUAGAAUGAUUCGCCGAAUCACGUUGACUCCUACAAGACAACUUUUAUGGCCUCCAGAAAUAAUGUACGAAAAUAGAGUUCUACGGAAUUUCGAUUCAGAAUAUGCGAUACGAGUUUCUUUUCGCGAUGAUAAUAUGAUGAGACUUAGCUUCUAUGCCGCUUUUGCUGAUUCAGACAUAUUCAAUAAUUCCAUAGAAAAACCCAUGCUUGAAGGAAUUUGUAUUGGUUUUAGACUGUAUGAAUUUCUUGCAUGGUCAAACUCCCAGAUCCGAGAUCAUGGAGUUUGGUUAUAUGCUCGAGAUAAAAAAGGCAACACAGUUUCGGAUAUACGAAGAUGGAUGGGUGAGUUUUCUCAUAUUCAUUCGGUUUCAAAGUACAUGGCUAGAAUGGGGCAAUGUUUCUCACAGACAGAAGACGCCAUCUCAGUUCCGCUAGACCCAAGCCAUAUUCGAACUGAGGAUGAUAUUGAAGGCGGGUAUGAUGUAACAAAUGAAAAGCCUUACUGCUUUUCUGAUGGCAUUGGCAAGAUUUCGGUAAAAUUGGCAAAUGAGGUGCACAAAGCUCUUGGACACGACAAACAUUGCAGUGCUUUUCAAAUUCGCUAUGGUGGUUAUAAAGGAAUGCUUCUUACUGACCCAGCUUUGAAAGACACCGAUAUAGUAUUUCGGAAAAGCAUGAAGAAAUUUAAUUCUCCGGGAAAUAUUAGAUUGGAAAUCGCAGGAACCAGUGCACCAAUUAAAUUGCAGCUUAACAGAAAUAUCAUCACCAUCCUCAAUGAUCUUGGAAUAAGGCAUAGAACCUUUUUAAAAUUACAAGAAAAGAUGGUAAAUGCUUUAAUGGAAAUGCUUUUUGAAGAAGAGAAGGCAGCUGCAUUUUUAAUGUCUGAAACACCAUCUGCACUCUUCCCUUACAAAGACUUGACUGGUUCUGGCAUCUAUUUGACUACAGAGCCAUUUUUUCGAUCACUUCUUCUGGCACUGCAUAGACAUUAUGGUGAAAAACUGAAAUCUAAAGCUAAUAUUUCAAUAGACCCUAGUGAUGGUAGAAAUAUGUAUGGAGUACUUGAUGAGACAGGUACACUGAACUAUGGAGAAGUCUUCAUACAGUAUACUAAAGAUGUUUCCAAAGGUGAAACUACACAAGAUACUGAAAUCCGAAAAGGGGAAGUCGUUGUGACAAAAAAUCCGUGCCAUUUACCAGGGGAUAUAAGAAAGUUCAUCGCUGUUGAUGUGCCUCAGUUGCAUCAUAUUGUAGACUGCAUAGUUUUUCCUAGUAGAGGACCUAGACCUCAUCCAAAUGAAAUGGCUGGUUCAGAUUUAGACGGAGAUGAGUAUGCAGUCAUGUGGUCUCCAGAUUUGAUUUUUCAUCGUUCAAAUGCAGAACCUGGAAAUUUUAGAAGUACUCCAGAAGCAGCCGUUUCUACAAUAAGGGUGGAGGACAUGAUUGAAUUUUUGGGGACGUAUAUUAAGAAUGAUCAAGUUGGAACGAUAGCUAAUGCACACCUGGCUCAUGCUGAUUAUGGAAAUAUUUUUUCAAAUAUCUGUAUCAAAAUUGCAAACAAAGUUCAUAUAGCAGUGGAUUUCGCAAAACAUGGAGAAAGCACACAUUUGGAUCCGAGUGAGAGACCAGUGCGAUUUCCAGACUUUAUGGAAAAAUAUCAUAAGGACACAUAUAAGUCAACCAAAGCACUUGGAAAAAUGUAUAGGAUUUGCAAAGACUUAGAAUCAGAAAAUGAAAAUGCAAGCAUUGAUUACCAUGGCAUACAAGUGGAUCCGUAUUUGAUAUAUCCAGGAUGGGAAAAAUAUAAAGAAGAUGCUUUGAAAAGUAGAAAUAAAUACAAUGCCUUGCUUCGCGCAGUCUUAAGGAACUAUGGUAUUCAGCAUGAAGCUGAAGCCUUUUCUGGAGCUUUCACGAAACUUCAUUGUCGAUUUCAAGAACGGAAAGAUAGAGCUGAAGUGGAAAAGGUUAUUAUAGGUUGUAUCAAAAGAUUGUCAAAGAGUAUGCUUGAAGAAUUUUUAGAUGAAUUCAAAGAUACUACAGAUAUAAAUAGCGCUCAAGAGUAUAUACUACAAAAGGCUUCCGCGUGGUACAUAGUCACGUAUAGUGACAGUGGUACUAAAUUUCUUAGCUUUCCUUGGACCGUUUCUACAUAUUUAUCUAACAUAAAAAUUAAAAAUUCAUCUUUUAAUCCGCUGCCUGUUUCACCUCUCAUUGCUAAUAUGGAUGAACAGAUAAAACUGUGUGAAGCUGAAAAUAUUCUACCCCACCCUAUAGAAACAGAUAUUUGGUUAGAAUAUGAAUUUUUGUGUGAUCCCGUAACAGUAAAGCUUGCAAGCAGAGUAUUGAUUCUGUGGGCCCAAGAUGAGCAGAUAAUUGACAGAUCGGGUUACAGCCACACAGGAUUUCUGUAUCCGAAUACUUUAAUCAGACUUUUUCUUCAUGUUGCUGAACUUGCUCAUUAUGUUUUUAAAAAAGGGAAACAGACGUCUUCCACAGAGAAAAAAGUCUUCUCGCCAGCAUCUCUCGUUUUGGAAUUUCUUAGAUUUUGCACAACUUUACGUUUCUAUAAUAAAAAUGAAAUAUCCAGCGUGAUUCCUUUUUCGGUGUAUAAAUACAGUAAGCUGGCUAAAUCAGCUGUAGUUGCAUACCACAGGUUUGCUUUGUCAGGUGAAUUUCAUUGCUUAAAUGUGGAGAGAAAUAAUAUUGAAGAAAAAAUGGAGAUGAAUCCAAUACAGAUAGAAAGUAAAAUAUUCCCUAAAGUGCCUAUUGAUGCACAAACGUUACAAAAGGCACAAGAUGCUCUGAUAAAAUAUUCAGGUGUAGAGGAUGUAACAAUGCGAGAAAUUCGGCAAACUAAAAAAGUUUGUGUUACUGCCUAUGGUUCUGAACUAUCAAUCAAGAUAUUGAAAGGCAUUUUGAGAAAGCAUGCUGUAUUAAGAACACUUUUUAUAGAUGGAAGAAUGCCAGAUGAAUGAAUAAUCUGCUUUGCUUCAUGUGUAUAUUUUCCCCCCAAUUUUAAAGUAUUUCACUCAUAAUUAUUGUAUCAUUAUAUAUUUUUCCUGACAAUUUUUUUAUACAAAUCUAGUUUAAAUUACUGUUUGUUCUUUUAAUUUUUUGUUGUUAUAAUGUUUCUCUCAUUUUCUACAUUAUUUUUCAUUUGUAUUUCUUUAAAAAUGGAAUUAUGUUUUCAAUGCCUGUAUUUCCUGAUGUAUGUUCACGUUCUGUUUAAUGAAUAAUCUGGACUAUUUUUUAAAGUAAACUAGUAAUUUUUUUUAUAUAUGUAUUUAGAUCUUCAAUUUUCAGUCUUUUUCUAAUACAGUAUUUUUUUAUAUUUAUAUCUUUGUAAUUGCAUAAGCUUACAUUUUUAUAU